CAAGUGGGAGACUGGACACAGAAACUGAAAUGAACACACAGAAAAACUCAAAUCCUCACAGUUUCUGGAUUGUCUUUCACGUUUAUGCAAAUAUUCUACUUCUGCUGGGUGUUUUAAAAUCUUUGACUAAAUUAUUGGCAAUGCUGACUAUAACACAAAGUAAUCUAAACACCUCUUACUGAAGUGACUUUCUCUAGUAGAUGGCUAUUUGUCCAAGAGUUGUAUAAUUUAUGAGCAACAGGGUUGAGUGACACGUAUAUUCAAAUUGUCUCUUUGCCAACAAAAGCCGUCUGUUCUGAAAAGGCGUCUACAUUUCUCCCGGACCUGUCUACUACCGAACCAUUCAUCUGAACAGACGUAACCAGAUACAUGGCUAUUUGAAAACAAAAUUAAAGCACAAACUGUUCACUCUUGACCAAGCAGAUAUGACGCAGAUCCUUUUCCUCCUCAUUCUGUUGGGCAAGUGUUGCUUCAUGGACUGUCAGCUCUAUCAGUUUCACUACAUUAAUGAGAAUAAAAACUGGACUGAAGCUCAGCAGUACUGCAGAGAGAAACACACUGACCUGGCCACAGUGACCAACAUGGAAGGCCUGACCAGACUCCUCAGCAAGUCACCAGGAACAAUGGCAGAAGCUUGGAUUGGUCUGUAUGGUCAGACAAAUGGCAUCAGGAAAUGGUACUGGUCUCUACCUGGAGUGGAGUUCAAUGUGAAUAUAACAGAAUGGGACAAUGCUGAGCCAGAUGAUCAUGAUACUGAAAACUGUGGGUUUAUUUUAGAAAGUCUAAAGUGGGGCGACAUCUCUUGCAACAGAGAGAAGUACUUUCUCUGCUAUAAUGAAAGAAAAACUUCAGAUAAAUUCCAUCUGAUAGAGCAAAGUAAGACCUGGCUGGCAGCUCAGAGUUACUGCAGAAAGGAGCACACAGACCUGGUCAGUGGACUGGACCAGGUGACUGAUGAACAACUGAGGAAAGUAUUGAGCUCGACAGACAGCCUGCAAGACAAACUACGAUAUGUGUUUAUGGGUCUGUUCAGAGACACCUGGAGGUGGUCAGAUGGAAGCAGUUUCUCUUUCAGACACUGGAAUCUACAGUUUGAUGAUGAGCAAAACAACAGCGGCCAAUGUGCCCUGGUUGAAUUCAGUGGUGAAGGCAGAUGGAAGAAUGUGGACUGUUCUGUUACAAAACCUUUCUUCUGUUAUGAUGAUAAACUGAUUCUGAUCAACCAAAAUAAAACCUGGGAGGACGCCUUGUACUACUGCAGAGAUCACCACCAUGACCUGGUCACCAUCACCAACAUGGAUGACCAAAUAUGGAUCCGGGAGAAAGUCAAGAAGGCCACAAGUCCUCUAGUCUGGACGGGUCUGCGCUACACCUGCACUCUGGAUUUCUGGUUCUGGGUCAGUGACGAGGUGGUCAGCUAUCACAACUGGGCCUCAGAUGAAUUGAUGGACGACUGUGACAUGUCUGGAGCCAUGGAGACGGGAGGAGAAUACAAGUGGUUUAAAAGAAAUGAUGCCAACAUGUUUAACUUUGUCUGUUCUAAACAUCCUCUAGGUGAAUAAGUGAUGUAUUAAACACCACUUGUUCUCAUAUUAUUGUAUAUAAAAGCUGA